AUAUUGUAGAUAAGGAUGGGUACUGGGGAUUUAGAAGCCGAAUAUUCACAAUUCGUUCUCUCUGAACAUCAAUGUGUACCUCAAGGGGAAUCCUCCAUGUUUUCUACAACCUCUAGUAACAUCACCAGUAAAUAUUACGACACAAUAAAAGAAACUGAAAGACGGCGCAUCAUCGGGACUCUGAUACGUCUUUUAAUUAGCCGCGCUCCCUUUCCAACGCGAUAUGAUGAUAUAAAAUGGAUCAUUAAGGAUAAUGUGCACGAAAAUGUAAAGCCAGUAAUGUACAAUUGUUUAAUUGAGGACAUUAAACAUGUUUUGAGCAAAUCAUUUGGUCUUCUACUUUAUGAUAUAAGAACCGGGGGAGGUAAACGUGAAUUCUUUCUAAAGCAGUCCUUGGCAUUUCACAGACAUGAUCUUUUGAUCAAUGAUGAAGAUGAUCAUGAGAUUCGCGGUUUUUUGUUGUUGCUAGUGCCAUGCUUAAAGACAUGCCCUGCUGGACUUACAUUAGACCGCAUUUGUGAUAUAUUUAAAAAAAUCGGUAAAGGUCACUUGGCACCUCGAAGUCCAGGUGAACAAGACGAUCUUAAGGCGGCGCUCCGUACAACGCGAAGAAGAAGGGAGGUCAAACGUCGCAUAUCAGAAUUUAGUAGCCUUUUGGACUAUCUUGUCUAUGCCAAGGAUUUGGGAUACCUGAACAUUUUUAUAGAUGCCAAUAAGGGUGGCAACCUUGAUGCUAUAUAUAUUCAAGCAGGGCAAAGAUUGAACAUUGAAUUUGAACAACAAUCGUACAUGAACCAACUUAACACCCUUGUAAUGGACGGGCCUCUAAAACGAAGUUUAGGCAUAUUUUUUGAAACAUGAUAAGCGCAAGACAAUGUCGUUUUCUGAAAUACCAC